GGCACACCACCGGAAGUAUGCCGUUUUCGAUCUCAUUCAUUCAACAAACACAGUGCAGUUAUGACUGAAUCUAUUUAUUUUUACGUUUUCAAAUUUACCUGCUAAAUUAUUCAGCAGACAUGGCUACAAAACGCAAAGUAGAGGUGGUUGUCCCGGCCGAGGAGAGUGACCAGCUUCUUAUUCGUCCGCUGGGUGCUGGUCAGGAGGUCGGAAGGUCAUGUAUCAUCCUGGAGUUCAAAGGAAGGAAAAUUAUGCUGGACUGUGGCAUCCACCCUGGUUUAGAGGGAAUGGACGCGCUCCCCUACAUAGAUUUGAUCGACCCGGCUGAGAUAGACUUGCUGCUCAUCAGCCAUUUCCACCUGGAUCACUGUGGUGCUUUGCCCUGGUUCCUUCAAAAGACCAGCUUUAAAGGCAGAACGUUCAUGACCCACGCCACCAAGGCUAUCUACCGCUGGCUGCUGUCGGACUAUGUCAAAGUCAGCAACAUUUCUGCUGAUGACAUGCUGUACACUGAGACAGACCUGGAGGAGAGCAUGGAUAAGAUUGAGACCAUAAACUUCCAUGAGGUCAAAGAGGUCGCUGGAAUCAAGUUCUGGUGUUACCAUGCCGGUCAUGUGCUGGGAGCUGCUAUGUUCAUGAUUGAAAUAGCUGGAGUCAAGCUGCUGUACACAGGAGACUUCUCCCGACAAGAAGACAGGCAUCUGAUGGCAGCUGAGAUCCCCAGUGUCAAACCUGACAUCUUAAUAAUAGAGUCAACUUAUGGCACCCACAUCCAUGAAAAGAGGGAGGAACGUGAAGCUCGGUUCUGCAACACAGUCCACGACAUUGUCAACAGAGAGGGUCGCUGUUUAAUUCCUGUGUUCGCCUUGGGACGGGCCCAAGAACUGCUGCUCAUCCUAGAUGAGUACUGGCAGAACCACCCAGAACUCCACGACAUCCCCAUUUACUACGCUUCAUCCUUGGCCAAGAAGUGCAUGGCCGUGUACCAGACCUACGUCAACGCAAUGAACGACAAGAUCCGCAAAGCCAUAAAUAUCAACAACCCUUUUGUCUUCAAGCACAUCAGCAACCUCAAGAGCAUGGAUCAUUUUGAUGACAUCGGUCCAAGUGUAGUGAUGGCGUCUCCAGGUAUGAUGCAGAGCGGGCUCUCCAGAGAGCUCUUUGAAAGCUGGUGCACUGAUAAGAGGAACGGAGUCAUCAUCGCUGGAUACUGUGUGGAGGGGACACUGGCCAAGCACAUCAUGUCUGAGCCAGAGGAGAUCACCACCAUGUCGGGACAGAAGCUGCAGCUUAAGAUGUCAGUGGACUACAUCUCCUUCUCCGCCCACACAGACUACCAGCAGACCAGCGAGUUCAUCAGGGCGCUCAAACCACCACACGUGAUCCUGGUCCAUGGGGAGCAGAAUGAGAUGGCCCGUCUGAAGGCUGCACUGAUCAGGGAGUAUGAGGAUAACGACCAGGUUCACAUCGAAGUCCACAACCCUCGCAACACAGAGGCUGUCACUCUCAACUUCAGAGGAGAGAAACUGGCCAAGGUGAUGGGCUCUCUGGCUGAUAAGAAGUGUGCUCAGGGUCAGAGGGUGUCAGGAAUACUGGUGAAGAAGAACUUCAACUACCACAUCCUCAACCCCUCUGACCUGUCCACGUACACAGAGCUGUCCAUGAGCACAGUGAAACAGACCCAGGCCAUCCCCUUCACUGGACCUUACUCACUGCUCGUCUGCCAUCUGAGGAACCUCACCGGUGAUGUGGAGGAGCUGGAUGGAACUGAGAAGAACACUCUGAAGCUCUUUAAGAAUAUUAUUCUGACUCACGAGGUCGGCAUGGUGCUGCUGGAGUGGAUAGCCAACCCCCUAAAUGACAUGUACGCUGAUGCUGUCACCACUGUGGUGCUGGAAGUCCAGUCGAAUCCAAAGGCUCAGAAAGUCAUGGAGACCCAGAGCGCCAUUAUGGACAUGGACGUCUUCCAAGCCCGACUAGAAGUCAUGCUGCAGGACAUGUUUGGAGGAGAAUGUGUGGAUUUCAGUGAUGGUAAAAACAUCUCAGUGACAGUAGACGGGAAGACGGUUCACAUUUGCUUGGAAACGAGGGCGGUGUGCUACGAGGACGAAUGCACAGAGGACGACUCUCUGAGAGAAAUGGUGGAGCUGGCGGUGCAUCGGCUCUAUGACGCCCUUAACCCAGUCAUCUGAGAACGGAGACAGGACUGCAAGGUGCGCAGACAUGUUCAAAGCCAGUUAGACAGCUUCUCAGACUCAGUUAUCACAGAUACAAAAAUGUUUGUAUGUUUCUACACUACCAGGACCUACUGAGUUUUAGCUCAUUCUUGUAUCACACGUACAAUUGACAAAUCGGUCACAGUGCAGCUGAUUGAUCUUUAGAUCCAAAUCAUUAGGCACUGACUCAGUCUGGUUUUGCACUCUUUCAUGUGAACUCAGUCUGAAAAGACUUUGACUAAUUAAGGGAACAUUAUGGAGAGUUUCUGACCUGUGACCAUAAAGCAGAGAAGGAGAUAAAUAAGCUACUGUAUGGAGAUACUAGGAUUUAUUUUCAUAGAUUUUAGUUGUUUUUUUAAUCAUGCAAGCACUUUUAAUCAUAUUUAAUAAGUUAACAGUAUUUGGGUGUCGAUACACUGUAGCUUUUGUUUGACAGUUUGUUACUAAUGUGCACUGAUAGGACUGUCUUGUGUUUACUUUUAACUGUGAUGUGAACUGUGGAUUUCUAAAUGCACUAAAUCUUUGUGUUCGUUGUUUAAUGUUUAAACAAAAAAUGUUUUACAAAACUGUUGAGUUAGUUAUUGGCAGGUAUUUUCACAUUUAAAUCAGUGUUAAGGACGGUGGAUGGUGGUACAUAUCAACACAAAUGAAAGACCUCAGCAACAUGUAUUUGACUGUGCUCUGACAGGCACUUAUCAGAAGUCAUUUAUUUGUUAAAUAUCUAGACAAUAUAACCAUCAGGGUUUACAAUAAAUAUCAUCCAAGGCA